CGACAAGUCACCGCCAAGUGGUGGAAUCGAUUCGUGAGGCUGAGCCCCUCGCAAUGAAAAUCACCCUCAGCUGCAGUAUAAUUCCUGCGUUCCCCCUAGGUACUUCAGCGAUUGCCAUCUCCUGAUUCAUUCUCACCGAUAUCUAUUGCACGACCGACUACUACAAGUUCCAACUCACCAAAUACACGGCCGUCUCCGCCCCACCAUGAUCACCUACUCCCUCAAACCAUCGCCGUGGAGGUGGUGUCUUGCGAUUGCGCUUCUUUUCGGCAGUCUUGCAACGUCAGUCAUCGGCGGCCCGCUUAUGAACCUGACUGUCACGGUUCCCAGUGGCUCGACCACCUAUGGCCGCCCCGGCUUGAUCUGUGUUCCGACCGAUUGGAAGGAUAUCGUGCAAUUCCUCUUGUUGAACUAUGUGUCCCACGUCGCCUCCCUCAGAUUCGGCCCCUGGCAGUCCUUCACAUCAUCGCUAUUCAGCUGCCUGGUCUCACUGUGCUCUCCCUUCUACGGUAUAAUUAUGAACUUGGACGUACUUUUCCGCUGCGCGAUCUCCUCGAAGGAUCCGCUGGAAAGAGCAGCACUGGCUGAAGCUCUGUGUGUCGUCUGCCGCAAUGACAAGUGGAGACCAUCCGAUGGCCAAGUAAUCGAGAACGCAAGGUUGAUAGUGUCUAACAGUGCAUCUACCGGAAACACGGUAACCUUCAAGGUAGCGCAUAACAAUAGAUACCGGGACGUGGCGGUGGUGGCCCGGGUCGGUAAUAAUGUCCACGGCGUUUGCGAGCUACCAGAGGGCUAUGCACUGAUAUGCAUUCACCGUGCUACCGUUAUCCCGACCGGCGAGACGACAAGCAACAAGAUCACUCUAUCUUCCGAGUACAACAUUCCGAAGAUCAUUGCAGCAAUAUUUCAGACGGUAUUCGGAUCAUUUACGCUGUAUCGAGCCCGCGGAAUUCAGGUGGAUCGUUAUGGCUACGCAGCUUUCGGCCUCACCGUCUUCCCAUAUAUCCUCAUGUCCUUGGUCAACUUGGCUAUCCACCUUGUCACUCCGAGCUACCCAUCAAUUUAUCUCGUCCAUUCUCCGGAAAUGGACGAGGCAAGGGACCGCGGGGGCAUCUUUGAGGGCUACAUUGGAAAGGUGAUUCCCAGGCUCUACAUGCAUGCCGGCGAGGCUCUGGGAGGCGAAUGUUCCGGGAAAUUCAAACUUGACAAAGCUGGCAACCCAUCCGGGCGGUUUAUCUUCCGCGUCCACGGCGCAGCGUCUUGCGCUAGCACUGGAGACAGCAAUGACGACGCAUCGAUACCUCUUGCAGCCCUAUCGACGGAAGGCAGCCUAAAGGACUCCGAUGCCAUAUGGACCGAGGAAAUCGAUCCUACCACCGACGCGGCCGCCAUCCUGUUAGUUCCUAUGACAUCACCCUUUGAAGUCGGAGAAGGUCGACGAUUCUGGGGGGAGAUGAGAAACGCAGCUCCGUUAAGAAUAGUGGCACUUAUAAUGAUGAUCCUCUGCUUCCUUCCCAUGCUUCUCCUUACCCGUUUCGAGAAACGAGAAAGCACAGUUCCACAGCGCUUUUGGACCUUGUUCUGGCUCACCUUCAAUGCUUUGUGGAUUGUUUCAAGCAUAAUUUGGAGUAGGUGGUGGAUCAUAGCGGUGGUAUUUUUCAUUUCCCCAGUUGCGUUUAUCGGGGGAUUGACAGUGGUCUGUCAGAUGCUGGAAGAGCAUGGCUCCUGUAUCCGAGUCUGAUUCUCCUUUGAAGUGGGGGCGGAGGCCGGUGUGGCGAUUCGUAUAUUUUUCAAUUUUUCAAUUUAUUUAUUUUGGUUCAGAAGAGUAUCAGUAGCUCGGAAGUCCCUGGAUAGUAUAAAUGCGACUUGGU